GGAAGUGCAUCAAUAUAACAGCAUGGCUUCAGAACCCUACUCCCUCACGCCCUCAACGGCAAAUCCUCCUCGCAACAAGACAAUCCUCAUCACAGGCGGAGCGAGCGGCAUCGGCCUAGCAACAGCUCUAUACCUCCACUCUCACUCCAACAACAUCGUCAUCCUCGACAAGUCCCCUCAUCCUCCCACCGUGAAGGAGCUCACAUCCUCCUCCCGUUUCCUCUACAUCCCCUGCGACAUCCUCUCCUGGCCCUCUCAACGCUCCGCCUUCACCACCGCCGCGACGAAAUUCGGCGGCAUUGACGCUGUUUACGUCAACGCCGGCGUCGCCGAAGUAGGCGAACAGAUCUUCACCGACACCCUCGACGCUUCCGGCGAAUUGGCAGAACCGAACCGCAUUACCAUUGAUGUGGACAUUCGCGCCGUGGGCGAUACGUUGAAGUUGGCGAUGUUUCACCUCCGGAACGACAGCACCUCUGGCUCAAAGAAGGGAUCUGGAAGGGGAAAGGGAGGAAGCAUCGUCAUGACAGCUUCACUAGCUGGUUACCUCGCCUCCGCCGGCGCACCACUCUACUCCGCAGCGAAACACGGCGUCGUCGGAUACCUCCGCGCUCUGAAAGGAGACUGCGCGAAAGUCGGGAUCGCGAUUAGCGUCAUUGCGCCGGGGAUUACACUCACGCCGAUUAUUCUGGGGAGGAGGGAAGGGCAGAGUUUGGAGGAGUGGGGGAAAGAAAUGGAUGGGAGAGGGGUGCCGAUUAAUUCUGCCGAGACGAUUGGGUUGGUGGUGGGGAAUUUGAUGGGGGAGGGGGCGAAGGCGAAUGGGAAGGGGGUGUUGGUGCAGGCGAAUCGGUGUCAGGAGUUGGAGGGGGGGAUUGCGAAGUCAAGGGGUGUUUGGAUGGGGAAGGAGAUGUUGGAGCGGUUUAGGGGUGGGAGGGAGGCGCCUUUGUUUCCGAAUAAGCUAUGA